GAACGUGAGGGGCAAUGUUUUCACACAGAGGGCAUGUAUGGAACAAACUGCCAGAGGAAGUGGUGGAGGCGGGUACAUUUUAAAAGACAGGUUUUAGGGAUAAGGGCCAUACACAGGCAAAUGGGACUGGUUCUGUUUAGGAGACCAGUUCAGUAUGGACAGCUAGGCUGAAGGAGCUGUUUCAGUGCUGUACUACCGUAAUAGCAUCAACUUCCCUCAUUGGAGAUGGCCAGUCAGGACACUCUGGGAAGACCGUCCUGCAGAUACUCCCAGCUCCUCCCCCCAACAGACUAGGGACCUGGAACUAGGUUGAACUGACUAAAACAAUUCAUUCCCAGAAGAUACCCCGGCCCAGCCUAAGAGCAAUAGGUUGCUCUUAGGCUGUCCGUUCGCGAGAGAAGGCCACAUUAAAGUAUCAGGUUUGAAACAUUAAACGCUGGACUGUUUCCACCAGGCAUUGGUUACAGAUGCCAAAAAAAAAAACCUCUCCGCUUACUUUACAAAGCUACAGAUGCCUGCUACAUUAUUUACAGUUCAGCGUGCACGACUUAGGAAUUUACAAUCACAGUGUUCCAGGGAUUAUAAGUCGAUCUACUGCAGUUGAUUUUCCAAGUCUCCUGAAACAAUUUAUAAACGGGGCACUUCUUGUAGUUAAUCACACGUCUGCCGGUCAUCUGAAUAGCGGCGUGGGCAGGGUUCCGGCCCCUGGCGAACGCACAUUCGCGGUCAGUCGAGAUAGCAUUCUGUGCGAAGUGAGUGUUGCUGCUGAAGACGUUGCUUGCGCGGCGACUUACUGGGAUAAGACGUUGAACGACACGUUUUUUACCUACAAUCACAUGACAGUCCCUCACCUCAGGGCGACUACAAAUCUUAAAUAUAUUCCUGAAGAUCAUUUUUGUUUCAAUUGCAGCCAAUCUCACUCAGAGGUUCAGACUGGCAACGACGGCGGUCAGUGUUGCUGUUGAACCGAUCCCCGUGCCCUUGUGGGUCAGACUUGAGUCGAUCGCACUGUGUCCCAGUGACUGUCAGAGCAAUGGUCAGUGGAAAUUUGACCGCACCGCUUCCUUUCAGGGUCCCCUGAUUCCGAGUGGGCGGUCGGUGGGUACAGAGCAGGCGACCACUUGCUUGCUGGUGUUGAACUCCACAGUUACCGGCGGCUGCUUGAUAGAUGGUGCUGUCGGGACCGCAGCACUGAGCACCCGCCUCUGCCCCGCUGCAAACUUAUUGCUGCUUGUCAGAUGUCUGUAGCCACACGUUAAGGUGCCAACCUGGCUCGGGAUGAACAGGCGGCCGGUGAAGUCAGAGAGGCGGCGGGUGAACUCGCAGGGGCAGACGGGCCCAUCCGAGCGGCGAGAGCUGAAGGCUUCCCCUCAGAAAGUGUCCAGCGAGCUUCUCAGGCACAGGAUUGACAGAUUGGAGAAGAGGAUAGAGGAAUUGAAAGCUGAAUACCAGAAACUCGAUCAGAAUGCAAAACAGCUCAUUCAGUCAUUUGAACCAAACUGUGAACACAUUGCAAAGGAAGCUGGAGAAGAUGAGCUCUGGUCAUCACUCGUGGAAGACAGGUUCACACAUGUGGAAGCCAACAUAUUCUUCAGUUAUGUUGUUGAUAUUCUUCAGUCUUUGCAUCUUCGUGUGUUGGAGAAACAGCCAGGUUUUGCCAGCUUUCUGCCCACUCUGUCUUCUAUUUUGAGAAGGAAAAUUUGGGAUACGGAGCUUGAAGCCACAUGGACAAGUGUGCUCUCAGAAUUUGGACUGAAUGAAUCUGAUAUAAAGGCUCUAUGUGCAUUCUUUGUGACCUACUGUAAAGACGCUGAGUAUUACCCAUUAAUAGAAAGAAAAAAGUACAGCCUAAAUAUCAAAGAAGUUUUAGACAGAGCUGUGCCCAGCCGCAUUCUACAUCACUGUCUUCUCCAUCUUGUGCAGUUAGCAGACAAAGAAAGUAGUAUGAUGGCAACUGAGCAACAACAAGUCAACACUGCAAGCACACGAAACAAACCAAGACCCAAGUGA